AUGCAAUUCAAGAUGUGGUCUGCUAUAUUUUGCAUUACUUAUUUAAUUAGCUCGUUCUUUAAUGGUGUUUUGGCCAUAACUGAAGAACAAAAAGCUAUGAUUCAUGAACAUUUUGAGAUAUUGGGAAAAGAAUGUAUUAAAGACAACGUUAUAAGUGCCGAUGACAUUAAUAACUUGAGAGCAAAGAAAAUGCCAAGUGGUGACAAAGCGCCUUGCUUUUUAGCUUGUAUGUUCAAAAAUCUUGGUGUUAUAGAUGACGCUGGCAUACUCCAAAAAGAAACAGCAUUAGAUUUAGCGAAGAAAGUAUUUAACGACGAUGAUGAGGUGAAACUCAUUGAAGAUUAUCUUCACUCUUGCUCUCAUGUAAACAAAGAAGCAGUUAGCGAUGGCGCGAAAGGUUGUGAUCGUGCUAUAUUGGCAUACAAAUGUAUGAUAGAAAAUGCUUCACAGUUUGGAUUUCAAAUA